AUGGCUCCCCCAGUAUUGGAAACAUUCAGCUUCUCUCUGGUCAAGCUGGGCUGCUUAGUGGCCAUUACCAGCUGCAGCCUGCCCUUGUGGCGUGGGAUGAAAUUUUCUGAGGAGACCAGCCUUUGGGAGGGCCUGUGGAAUUUGUGUGAGGCUGACAGACACCAGGGACUGAAGUGCAUGCGGUACAAUUCACGCCUGGAACUGCCACAGGACCUGCAGGUGUCUCAAGUUCUGAUGGUCAUCUGCAUCAUCAUCACCUGGCUGGGUUUGCUGCUGUACAACAUCGGGAAUAAACGGAUGUCACGUGGGUCAAAUACGAAUAAUGAAGAACAGAUCAAGAUGGCAGCAAGUGGCUUGUUCCUGGGGGCUGGUCUGCUGCUGGUGGUGCCUCUGUUCUUGGUUACACACAGUGUGAUCCCUGGCAUGGCCAACUCUCAAAUGGUUGCCCCAGGGAAACCAGAGAUGGGAGCCUCACUCUACCUGGGCUGGCUCAGCUCCCUGCUGCUUCUGCUGGGAGGAGGCCUGCUGUGGUGCCAGGAAACAAGUAACCAUGACCAGCCCAGUCCCAGUGAGGGAUGGAUCCUACAAUAUCCAGCCUAG